UGCGAACUAGAAAGAGAAGCAGCUCGUUAUUUUUCAUAUGUGUGUCCGUUUCCCGUUUCGUGUGUCGUCCAUCUUUGAAUUACUUUCGUCAUCAGCAUCAUCAUCAUCAUCAUUACCACCAACACCACUAUCGAUGUGUCGCCGUGCAAGCAACUGCCACCUUCCUCUGAUCCAUGUUAGCAUCUUUUCAUCCUUCAGCCUGCAUGCGUGUGAAGCGCAUUCGCUCGAUCGGAAUAUCCUUUCAGUUCAGUCUCCGCCUAAGGUCCGUUAAGUUGAAGUAGCCAACACUGCCGCGUGUAUUCGAGAGUCGAGUCCGGUGCUUUUCCCAAGCGCACAACGCACAUUGUGGUUAACGCGUCUGGCACUGGAUAAAGUAUCAGUGGUAAGCGAACGCAUUGGUGUAUAGUUGUGUGUUUCAAACAGUGGUGUAUAGCGAUAGUGGAUCACCGUUAGUACCCUUCGAAGCGGCGAAAGUGUUCGGUGUGUGAGGCAGGUGUGCGGAAAGCACUGGUGGUGGUGGAACGUUUCAUCGUCUCGCCGUAGACGCGGUCUAUGACCGCUAAUAGCAAAAAGAACAGACACCGGAAAAACUGAGGCUAGACAAGGCAUCACGAUGAGUUGCCCUAUGCCGGAAAUUGGUUCCUGCAUCUCGCUGAUAUCGAAAGCCGAUAUCCGCUAUGAGGGACUGCUGUUCACCGUUGACCCGGAGCGAUGCACGAUCGCCCUUGCACGAGUGAAGUCGUACGGUACUGAGGAUCGGGAAACACAGUUCCCGAUUGCACCGCAGAACCAAUGCUACGAUUAUAUCCUUUUCCGCGGGUCGGAUAUCAAGGAUAUUCGGGUGAUCAACAACAACCCGGUGCCGAACGAUCCGGCCAUCAUGCAGAUGCAUCUACCGCCGCAGCAGGGACCGCAGAUGCCGAUGCCGAACAAGCUGGGCCAACCAAGCUACCCGUCGCAGCCGGGCUUUAUGAUUCCGCAGAUGGGUGGACCACCGACUGGUGGACCGCCCGGUGGUCCGAUGGGUGGUGGUCCUCCUGUGACCGGUGGACCGAUGGGUGGACCACCUCCGCCCGGCCAUGCACCACAGAUGGGUGGUGGUGGUGGCGGCGGCGGUGCCGGCCAACCCUACAACGCUUUUGGCGGAAUGAACAAUCUCGGAGGUAGCGGAUCGCGUUCGGGAACACCGAGCAACAUGUUGUCCCGUAAGAGCCCAACGGUAGACAUUGCUGUGCAGACGAACCAGCAGCAGCAACAACAACAUCAACAUGGACAGCCGCAAUCCCAGCAGCAGCAGAUGAUGCAGCAGAACAACCGUGACGGUGGCAACAAUAAUCAACAGCGCAACAAAACCAACCAACACCGGGGAAAUCAUCAGAACAACAAUAUGCGGGAGAGACGCGAUUCUGGCAAGCAGCAGCAGCAGCAACCACACGGUAGCGACAAUCAGAUGAAAGAAAACUACAAGCCAAGACAGCAGCAACAGCACCAGCAACAACAACAAGGAGGCCAAAAUCGUAGCGGAUGGAACAACAAUCGCAACCAUCAAAACCAAAACAACGGUGGUAAUAACAUCGUACGCCGUCCGCGUGGAAAUAUUGGUCAACCGCAGCAGCAACAGGGUGGUACCGGUGGUACCGGUGGACAGCGUGCAAAAAAUUUGCUAAAGUUUGAAAAUGACUACGACUUCGAACAAGCCAAUAGCAAAUUCGAAGAGCUUAGAUCGCAGCUUUCUAAACUUAAGGUGGGCGAAGAGUUGAAACCGGAGCAGAUCACUACCGAAACAUUGGACAAGAAGGAUGAUUCAGGCAACGAAACUGGUGCUGGUGAGCAUGAACAGGAAGAGGAAGAUGUUAUCUGCUACGACAAAGCAAAGUCCUUCUUCGACACCAUUUCGUGCGAGGCAGUAGAGCGCGCGAAGGGAAAGCAACAGCGUACGGAUUGGCGCCAGGAGCGCAAGUUGAACACGGAAACAUUUGGCGUUGGAUCGACAAGGCGUGGCGGAUACAACCGACGAGGUGGAUACUUCCACCGUGGCAUCAACUACCAUCGUGGAGGGAACAACUACCGUGGCGGUAACAAUUAUCGAGGCCGCAGUGGAAAUCGUAACAACCAGUUAAACGGUGGCAAUGGUAUGUCGCAUAACCGAUCAGGUGGACAGCAGCAAAAUGCGUCUGGCAACAACUCUAAUACCGGUGGGCAGCAGCAGCCGAAUCAACUAACCUCGACUGCACCCGCUAGCCAGGAUCAGCAGCAACCAGCGGUCAUAGAAGUAGCGGCAGGCAAAUAAUGCCACGGAAAUGGGAUCACCACGGAUACUCUGUUACUUUUAGAAAGCUGACUAGAUCCAUAUAAACGAUUGAGGAGAGAGGAGAAAGAGAUGAAAAAUGUUGUCCUAAAAAUACCAGUAAAUUGAACGAGUGAAAAGCAGCGAAGAGAAAUGGAGGGCGCACCGUCGGAAACAGUGUCAAUGUGCACGUGUGUAAUUCGCUUGCCCCACGAAUAUGAGCCACUAACGGGAGUUGUAUUGUACUAUUUGUACACGUUAAAACUCCUACAACAACCCCAUAACUUUGCAUUAUAAAAGAAACAUACGGAAGAAAGAGGGAAAAUCAUUAAUAAGGUACUAAACGCAACAUAUGUGUACAGUUCAAAGCUUUGCAGUGUAACAUGAAACGACGGAUCGAGCUAUUGUGCCCCAAUUAAUGAUAUACGUUUAUGUGUACAGCAAGUCAACAGCAGCAGAAGCAUACAAAAUAUAUCCUUGCACCAGCAUGAUGGUUCUGCACCUCAUCGCCUGGCUCAAGUCAAGCCUCUAUCGCUACUGAAUGUCGAUGGGGAUAACGCUGACUACAUGAAGAUAUAGAGGUGAAACAGAAAAUUCCAAAAGUAUGCAUAAAAAGGAUUUAUAUCAACAUCGGUUGCAUACGAUUUAAUACAAGCAACAGCUAAUGGCAUAUCGGGUCGUCUUCUAUAGGAAACGAGUUUUGAACAUGAAAAGGAAAUGGAAAGCAACGAGAAGUACUAUUUAACAUCAAGACACAACCUUGCAGUAGUACACCUGCAAACUGAAGCGAAUAUUUGAACAUCUGCAAAUAGAAGCUUUUUGCGUAACGUCGAUCAAGAAUACAGGACAUUUUCCGUUGCGAUCAUACAUAUGUAUGAUGGGAUGAGAUAGUAAAAAGUGUGAUUCAACCAUUGUCUGAACGAGCAUGAGUGUCCUACACUUGUAAUGUUUUAAGAAAAUCCUCUCAUCAUCGAAGCCCGUAAUGCUGAAAAAAAAACAACGCAGCAUUAAAAGAAUGUGCUAUGUACUUCCCGAAGCUUUUUGUCGGCGAAUUGUCCAUGAGCUGAGUUACACACACAUCAACCUUCUGAUUACUGAAUUGCCUGACCUUAUAAUUGCUGCUGGAAAAUAAUCGUUUUUAAAAAAAGGAAGCGUUCUGUGCAUCGUCACUCGUAUAGAAGCUGGGCAAUUAAAUUUGCUUUCAAGCUAGAGAUCCAGCGGUGUAACACGUAUCAUCGUAAAGUAAAAUUUGUUUGCGUUAGAAAUAAUGUACAACAUGCUGCACACCAUUUUCCAUCCAUCAAACAGAUUCACAGACGAAUCGCAACAAUGGAAAGUAAUGGAGAAAUCGUUACAAAAAGAAAAAAAGUGAAACAGAAACACUAAAAACUAGCGAAACAGAAGAGGGACGUGUAACUGCAAAAGAGUUCAUAUGUUACAUCAUAUCGAAGAAAAAGUGCUCCUACCAUAAUUGUAAAAUAGCUGGAAAGAUAGCAAAACAAAAUUGUAGAGCAUUAAGCCUAGCACACUGCUAUUGGCGAAAAAGUAUAGACAAGUGACAAAAUGAAACAGGACCAAAAUCAGAAGGUUGGUUGCAAUAAGACCAUCUGCGACAGACAGACAGAUAAAAAAAACCUCUGCUUUCAGGAAGGGGAUAAGAAAAAAAGCGAAAGUGAUGCACCGGAAACGAAGUUAAGCAAACAAAACCUAAGUGCGUAGGACGGAUAAUUUGAUCCCGUCCAUCCGUCCGAGGAAAUGAAGAGGAAGAUAUAUACAAGAGCAGAAGCACUAUUCACUCCGCUUUCCAGUUGCUAUAUCCGGUUUCCUAUAAAUCCGUUUUAAUCAUUUGGAACAAAGUCGAUUUGAGAAUCAAAUCUCACGUUUAAUUUUUUUGCAAUAUAAUGAUUUCCAAUCUCUUGGUGUGUCUGGUGUAAAGUUGUAACAAAAAACUUUGCAUCACGCGUUUGCGCGCUGCUGGUUAAACUGACCGGAUGAUAGGUGUGUGCGUUAUAAUGUUGAGGGGGAUAAAUUAUCCACUGCAGUGACAACGUCACACGGGAAGGAUGAUUGAUUUGGAAUUGAAUUUCCGUUAAAUUUGUAAAAUUGAAAGAUUGAUUGCGGUGCAUCAUAUAUUAAUUAUGUUUUUUUUUCUUUUGUUUUUACUUUAAAUUUUCUAAGAUUUUCAUUUUUCAUUCUAUAUAUAUAAAUUAUAGUCGGCAUAGUUUUUUGCAUUCAUUUCAAGCACAUACACUCGCUGAAUGUGAUGUGUAAGUGUGAAUAGUUGAAGAAAGAUGUAGUUUUCACAUUAAUACUACUACUAUUACGAUUCGGUUUAAGUUCUACUUCGCACUUUCUUUGCACUCUGUCCCGGGAUAUCUGUUUACAAACAGAAAUCAAACGAUUUAUGUGAGAUGAAUACACUCGACGCGAAACAUAAAUCCCCGUUUCGCCGCACACUUGCACGCGGUCCCUCAGGACGACGGUCGAAGUCGUGUCGAAAUAUUAUCGAACGAUCAGAUCUGAGCGCUUGAAUAUGUUCUGUGUUUACAUAGAGCAUAAUGCCGCCCGCUUGUAAGAUGGCAUUGAGUAAUAAUUGCAGUACGGCAACAAAAUGUUAAAGCAAAAUGUAGAACCGUAAUCUCGCAUAAUGAUUUUGAAUCGCGGGGACAAAUGGAAGCAAAAUUGAAGAAGAUACCAAAAUGUAAGAACCGAACAGAAUGCUAUAAGAGACACACAGAGAAAGACAAGAGCGCAGGACGGUGGUGUAGAAAAUGUGAUUUGAAUGAUUUUGCAUAUAAACGUUGAGUUUUUUUACGCCUUCGUGUUUGUAUUCUUGUAAAAUCCCUUAUGUACGUAACUAUUCAGCUCGUUUUAGGGUUAUUUCUACCCAGCGCUAGGAAAUGAACCACCAGUCAAAAGUGUAACAGUUUACAAAAGUGAGCAGCAAAGCGUCGUAACGGCAUACAAGCGAGGUAGUUAUGGAAAACAAUAUCAAUUAAGUUUUGGAUUAAUUAUAUUUAAAAACGAAAAAGCGAACCCGGAGAUUAGAGAAGGAAAUAUAAAGCAAAAAAAAUGAGCAACUUGCAUACAUAAACAAACCAGAGGUUCAUUCAGUGGUGUACACUUGUCAUUGCGUUGUUGGGUAGAGAAGAGCCACUGGAUUGAGUGGCCGAAAGCGAAACAGCUACGAAAGAAUGGUGAGGUGUUAUUUUAAAAAUAAUGUACCUUUCUGCACGUCGAUGAUGGUGAUCGUUUCCCUUCCGCGCGCCCAUUUUGGCAGGAGUGAUUUUAAACAUUAAAUUAGCUGAAAGAGGUAAUAAACUGUACAAUCGCUCGAAAAUAUCGAGUUUACAGUAUUGUGCGUGAGAGGCGCUGCACUUAAGCGGGCAGAGAAGGGAAUGUCAAACUCCUUAAGUAACUCCCCACAUCUAAACGACGAAAAUAAUCAUCGAACGGCGUUCCUCCCGGUGGUGUAUGUGGAGGGAUGUGGAAAUAACAUAAAAUCGUUUGAUUUGUGAAAUGCAAAGCGUGUACGUGUGCGUGUGUGUGACUAUAUGUAUGGUUUUCGCAAACUUAAUAGAACUUCCUGUAGAGAUAAGCAUAAAGCAAACGUAAUGCAACAAAGCAACAAGAUAUGGGACGCAAAUGGUUACGAAAAUAGCCACGAGUAAAACAAAAUCUCUAACACAGGUAACAUUAUUAAAAACCUGAAAAAUUAAAGGAAAUUAAAAAUAUGUAGCAACAAUUUUGCGAGGAGACAAACCGACAGAGAGAGAGAGAGAGAAAAACGAAGCGGGAAAGAUAGUUGACAAAAAGAGGAAAGCACCGAAAAGGGCGCCUGCUAGAGCUGACGUUAACACAAAGCAAAGAACUUAUCACAGUAGUACAGUCACAAAGUAAGACAACAAACAAAACAAAUAGUAGCAAAACUAACGCAGAAGAAGUAUAUUCAUAACAUUUCAAAAAAAAACGAGAGAAACCAGCAUUAGACAGAUGUACUUGAAAAAGAUGUCUAGUGAUAGGGUUUGUACAGAUGAUAAGUCAAGCGCGCUUCAUACGUAAGAGGUGCUUUUAGGUCACUUGUUUGGUACAAGCGUUGUCGCACUGGGAUUGAUGGGUGUAUUAUUGCCCUUUGGAAAUGAUUUAUUUUGUUAUCGGCAUUAACGUUUGUGAUGUUUAUGUUAUCAAAUACAAAAUAGCGCGAUCAUUUAAUCCAGUUUGAAUACCGGUUUAUCAUGAAAUGAGCCAAAUGCUGAGGUUUCGAACAGAUCCCAAAACUGGAAGUAAAACGGAUCGCCCAGCGUCCAUAAUAACUUGAAUGAUGACCUAUCGUCUGUACAAAGCCACGUUAAAGAAGAAUCAAUUUGACAGUGUAGUGGAAAGAUAUCGUUCGAAUCGAAUCAAAGUCCGUAUGAAUUGUAAUAUUAGAUUGAUUCCAUGAAUGGUGGGAAGAAUAAAAGGGUAAAGAAUCCUUUAUCCUAACGCAUAUGCAGCACCAACUCGAGGGGGUCAGCAUGCCUAGCGCAGUUGGCGGGACUACGCUUUCCAAUACAGGAUUAAACGGUUCGGUAAACGAGUGCACCUUGAAACAAGUUAUCGUUAAGAAACUAGACAGACCAACAUUUGCUAAUGGUUGUAGAAUCACUAAAGAAAAGGUUAAAAAAAUGAAAGCCUCGCGGUAAAGGAUAUAUUGGGUGAAUGGGUUGAAUAACGUGAGGAAAGGGUAGAACAGAUUGAAAUAAAAGCAACACUGUUUCUAUUUUAACAACACUGUAAACGCACCUACUUGAACAUCAGACACAGAGAACUAGUGCAUAUGCAUGACAGUAAUAACGAAAAAAAAAAAAACAAAAUCGCCAACGUGUCCGAAAAUUCAAACUCAUUGCCACUCAUGUUGCAAUGUGUAAAGCACGGAAACCACGCGUAAUACGUUUGAUGGCAAACUAUAAAAGUACUUUCUUCUGUCUGGUCGAAAUGCUUCGAGUAGCCAAAGGUGCGUAAAACAGUAAUUAGCAUGAAUGGUGUAUUGAAAACAAAUCACAACAUAUAUGUGAAUAACAUUAUAUAUAUAUAUACAUGUAAUUAUGAACAGAAUUUGCUAAUUUGCAGAAAUGGGGAGAGUGAAGGUAGAGUGAAAUGCGAGCAAAAAAUACAAUGCAAGUUUAUACCCCUAAAACAAAAUUAAACAAAAGUGGUAGAGAAAGAAUGCAAAAAGCGAUAAAGUAGAAGAUAAAUAAAGGAACUAAUGCCAGCCGUAAAAAAGGGGGAAAUAAUAAACCGAAGCUAGCAAAGCAACUUGUAAUAAUCUCGUGCAAAAAAAAAUCGAUUUGGAUUUUGCAUGCAAAUCUCCAAGUCUUAGUUGUUCGGUGUUACAUGAUUUGUAAAAAAAAAGGAUAGCGGCCGCACUGCAGUGAUAUAGGGGAAAACUCCAUACAUACGUCAUCCAUCCUUCUCGGUUUCCUGUAAAUUUCUUGUGCAUGUACGCAUUUUUGUUAUGCUUUACUUUCGAGUUUUGUUGUUCAUUCUGCGACAUUUGCUUGAUUUUGUCUCGGUCAACAGGACG